AUGGCUGAAUCACUAAAUGAAAUUCCUAGCUGUUCAGAAAUUGUAGAGACCAGUGAUGAGGGAAAGAAGAAAUCCAAAUUUAAAGCCUUCCGGAGCUUUUUUGGCAAGAAGAAGAAAAAAGAUCCUGAUGAUGGACAGGGAGGGAGACUCUUAAAGCCAAGUUUGUCCAACAGCAAUAUUAACACAUCUUCUCUGAAGCAAAUUGAUGACGACGAAACUGGUGAACACAGAAUCAAGAGCAACAUGGGAAACAAAGCCCUAUCCCAUGAUAGCAUAUUCAUGUUGGAGCCCGAGACUGAAAGAUCAGCAAUCAAAAUGCACCCCUCUUUGGAGUCCCAGAGAGGCAGACCUCUACAGAGAUCUCAUGUUUCCAGAACUCUGCCUAGAAUUGGGACUAGUAAUGUACAUGGAGCUUUAUCUGGAGCGAUGUUUGGAGUUGUCCCCCGAUAUGUACCCAGAAGUGGAGUCUGGGUUGCAGGCUCCAAGAUCACUGAGAUCCCUCCACUGCGCCCACGCCAGCCCAGUAUCAGCCCACCUCUUAUCCGUUCUGGCACAAUUUCUAAGGACAUGGAAGAAAUCUCUGGUGAUGAUGAGCUACCUCCAAACCCACACAUGAAGGCUUCAUCACGCAAGAUCUUGGCAGCAAAGAAGAACUUCUCUGAACCAUCAACUGGAAUGGGUUUCUCACAGUCCUCGAUUGCAUGUACCUCUCCCAAUAUUACCCAGCAGCCUGUUGGCUUCAGCAUCCCGGCUACCACCCAAGGCUGUUUGGAUUCUUCAGCUGCUCGACACAAAAUGGCUUUAAAUCCCAGGAAACAAAAAAAGAAGAAGAGCCUUCAAGCAAGUGUGAAACCAAAGCAGGAGGAGACAAAAUUUCCACUGAUUUCCGAAGGAGAAAGGAAUACAAAUAACUCAAAAGAAAUUGAUCAAAAGAAGCUGAAUAAAGAUGGCGCAGGUCCCUUUAACCAGGAACAGAGCCACAAAACUGGGAUUUAUGAUCAUAAGAUAUCAGAGAAGGCUCCAAACACAGAUGCUGCUAGGAACAUGAACUACCCAAUGUUGGCAGCAUAUGGAAGAAGACGUAGAAGGAAAGUAUCAAAUGUUUCAGGAACAAAUGAGUAUGGAUCCAGAGGAAGAUGCCUUCUACAAUCUUGUCAAAUGCACGGCCUGGUCGAUAGAUAUGACUACUCAUCUAUGGAUAAGACUGCCGGUGAUUGCCCUUUCCGGCACCUAGCCUUGGAGAAGCAAGCCAUGGAGCAGCUCACAACUCCACAAGCAGAAACAACUAUUUCUCAGGAGUUGCUUUCAGAUAAAGGUGAUAUGGGAAAGAAGAAUUUUGGCCUUGAGGUUAGAGCCAAAAAAGCACCAGCACCACAACCCAUACCUAAAGACAUGGUAGAGUCCAUGGUGAGUGGUCCACCACUCUACAAUGAAAAUGGGGCCUGUGGAGCCAAGAAGCCAGAAGGCAGAGCUUCUCUUUUACCAAUUGUGGGAAGAAUUUCUAAAACCCAAGAAGAGGACAUUCUUUCAGUGGCAGCAGAGACUCAGGUGCUUAGGGAUCCUUCUUAUAUCCAGUCAGGAGAGGAAGAAGCUUCCAGUCAUGGUCUGCAAAAUGCCCAAUCCAAAAUGGAGUUAGCCCAGGUUGUCCCAACUAUCUGUAAAGAAAAGUCUCCUGGAAGUGUUCUCCAUAGCUUUACAGUCAUUAUUCCAGGUAUGGCAGGUACUGUAGCAGAGGGAAGCCUUUCUACAGAGAGGCUAUCUCCCAGAAGCCUUUCCCAGUCCUUGGAGAAGCCUGAAGAUGAAGAAGUCUCCUCAAAUUCAAAUAGUGCUUCAGAGGAGGGGAGUGAUGCUGAGAAGCAGCUGGCUCCUGAACACUCCUUCCAGUCCUCACAGGGACCUGAAGGUGAACAAGAAGUCUUCCCACAAUCAAAAAGUUUCAUUGUGGAAAUGAGUGGUUUGGAGCAGCAGCGGGCUCCUGAAUAUUCUCACCAGUUCUUGGGAAGGCCUAAAGCUAAAGAAGUCUCCUCAGAUUCGGAGAGUAGUACUGAGGAGGGGAGGGGUGCUGAGGAACUGGCUGCCAUUCGCUUCUCCCGGUCCUUGCGGAAGCUUGAACGAGUCUUUUCAGAAUCAAAAAGAUUUGCUGCAACCUCCAUGUCUGAGGAGCGGCUGACUUUACAGGAGUCUGAAGAUAUAGAAGCCUCCACAGAAUCAAAUAGUUAUGCUGAAAAGUGCAACAGUGCUGAUGAUUGGAGCAGCUUGGAGGAAGAUGUGUCUCUUAGACACUCUGACCAGGCCUUAGGGAAGCCCAAAGACCAAAGAGAGGUGCGCUCAGUUUCAAGGAACACUCCUAAAGACUGGAGAGUGUCUGUCAAACAGAAGGCUCCCAGGCACCCUUCUCAGACUACUACUGUUCAGCAACAAGUGUUCCCCAGUUCAGUGAGCAUUUCUGCAGGAUAUAGUGGUUCUGUGGAGCCACUACUUCCCAGCUGCCCUUUUCAGCCAUGGUUGAGCCCAAAAUUUAGGCGACAAGGCUCUAUAGGUCCAGAGAAGACUGCAAUUGAGUGGGGCAUUUUUAGGGAACCACUGCCUCCCAGAAUGACUUCUAAGCGAUUAAAGAGGUCUAUAGUUGAGCAAAAACUCUCCCCAUAUUCAGAAAUUACAACCAGGGAAGAAGUUGUUUCUAUGGAGUUGCUGCCUCCCAGGUGUCCUUCCCAGCCCUCGGUGAGACCAAAAGAGAAACAAGUACCUUUGGGUGCAGAAAGUGCUACAGUUGUGGGAGAGGUUUCUAUGGAGCCACUGCCUCUAAAACUUCAUUCUCAGCCUCUGAGGAGACCCCUUGUCCAGCCACAGGUCUCUGCAGGUCCAAGGAGUAUUGCUGUGGAGGGAAGCAUUUCUAGCAAAGCUAUUGAAGGGCCUCCUAAACUUCUUUCCAAGCCCUUGAUAAACCCUAAAGUUCAACAAAACAUGUUCUCAGGUUCAGAAGGUGUUACUUCCAUGGAACCACUGUACCCCAAGUAUUCUCCCCAGUCCAUAACAAAUCCUCACAUCCAGCAAAUCUUCUCAGAAGGCACUGCUGUUGAACAGGGCAUAUUUAUGGACCUGCCCCCUGGAAAGCCUUUGGUGAGGUCACAUUUCCAGCCACAGAUGACUCUAGACUCAAUGAACAUUUCUUCACAAUGGAACAAUCCUGAGGAUCCAGUGCCUGCCAGACCCAGCUUCCAACCAUGGAUGAACCCUAAAUUUAAGGAAAAUAUCUCUGCAGAUCCAGAGAGCACUGAGGCUGAGGGGAGCAUUUCUGCAGAGUCAGUGCCUCCCAGACACCCUUUGCAGUCGUGGCUGUUCUCUGCAUUUAAGCCAGCCUCUGCAGGUCCAGAGAGCUCUGCUACACAGUGGGGCAUUCCUACAGUCCCACCAGUUCCCAGAAUGCCUCCUCUGCCCACAAUGAGACCAGUAAUGAAGCAACCAAUCUCCACAGGUUUAGCAAGUGCUUCUGCACAGUGGAGUGAUUCUGUGGAGCCAAUGCCUCCAAGAAACCCUUUUCCGCCAUGGGUGAGCUCUAAAUUUGAGCAACAAGUCUCUGCAGAUCCAGAGAACUCUGAAGCUGAAGGGAAUAUUUCUGUGGAAUUGAGACCUCCUGGAUAUCACUUACAGACCCAGAAGAGACCAGCAGUCAAACAAGAAAUCUCCUCAGGUUCAGUGAGCACUUCUACAGAACGAAUCUGUCCAAUGCCUCCCAGAUAUACUUACCAGCCAUGGGGGAACCCUCAAAUUGAGCAACAGGACUCUACAGACCCAGAGAAUAUUGCCAUUGAGGGAGGCAGUUCUAGGGACGUGCCAUUUCCCAAGCCUCAUUCCCGUUCUGUUAUGAAGCAUGUAGUCCAGAAAGGGUCCUCAAGUUUUGAGAGUGCUGUUGUUGAGGAAGGUAUUCCUGGGAGGGCACUGCCUCCUGAGUAUCCCACCCAGUUCUCAGUGAGGUCUAAAGUUCAGGAAAUGUCCUCACGUCUAGAGAAUCCUUCUGCUGAAGAAUAUUUCUCUAAGAAAUCACUGCUUCCCAGUCCUUCCCAAUCAUUUGUGAAGUUUAUGGCACAGCAGAUCUUUUCAGAGAGUGCUAUUUAUGCAGACCCUGUCUCUCUACAUCAUUCUUCCAGAUCUUUGUUGAGGCCUAAAGUGGAGCGCCAAGUUUCCUCAGAUUGGGAGAAUGCUGACCCUGAGGGAGGCAUUCCUUUGAAGAAGCUGCCUAUGAAGCACACUUUACAGUCAGUGGGGAGGCCCGAAGGCCCACAAGAAGGUCUUUCAUAUUCAGAGAAUGCCCCUGGCAAGUGGAGCAGUUCUAAAGGGCAGGUACCUACCAGACAGUUUUCCCAGGUCCUGGGGAAGUUUGAGUACCACCAGGAAGUCUCCUCAGUUUCUGACGACUCCCCCGAAGAGUGGAGGAGCUCUGAAGAGCAGAUGCCUCCCAGACACCCUUCCCAAACUCUGGAUGGGUCUGAACAGCCACCAACUUUGCCAGCAGGCUCAGGGAACGUUCCUGUAGAAUGGAACAGUCCUGCAGAACCCCUGCCUCCUUGUAAUCCUUUCCAGGCAUUUGGAAACCCUGGAUACCAACAACAGGCCCACUCAAGUUCCGCAAGUGCUGGGGCCGAGGCAACCAAUUUUGAGAACAAUCCAGGCAGUUGGUCCUUACCAAAAUGCCCUGCUUCUCCAAAGAAAACCAAGAAACACAGCCCAGUUUCUGAAGACUUCGUUAAGAGCAUUCCUGUCUCUGCUAACAAACCUGGGAAGCUCACCGUUACUCCUGCUGGGAAAACACCCAUUUCUGGGGCCACUUACACUAAGGAGGAAGUUCUUAAGAGUGCUACUGGAAAUAACAAUGGCCAUUCAGUCAUGCCCACCAAUGAAGCUGAGGUGGAAAGCCUUUUUGGAGUCCGACUGAGAAGAAUCCCUUCUCCACAGAAGCUAAAGAAUGAGAAACGAGAUAACUUGACGCAGCUCUCUUCACCACCCUUGGGCCAAGUUGUACUUUCUGUGGGCAAGGAACAGCGCAUGAGAAGAAGCAAUCCCCAGGUGUUCCUCAGCACCACAGAAAAUCUCAGUGAUAUCUCUAACUUUGCAGAGAAGCAGCAGAGCAGACACAAAUCUGAAGGCAUGGUCAAGUGGCAAUCAGCUUACAAGCCCCCAGGAAAACCUCAGCAGUCAGAUUGUGCCAUCACAGAGUCAGUUUGGAUAUCCAUGACAAAGCAGAGACAGAGGGGCUCCCAGGUCUAUGUUCCUGUAAAAGAGUCCAAAUCCACAAGUAGAACUGGAGCCAAGGAUGAGACCAAGGAUCCUAGAUAUGGGGGAGUUGGCCCUACAAAUGAAAGCCAACUAAGAAAGAUUUUGACUUCCACUCUCCAUAUACAGGAGAAGAUGCCCCUGGUGAAGCCACCUAAGCCUGCCAAAUCAGUUGCUUUUGAAGAUCAGAAGAUGCUUCGCAUGCCUGCCACCGAUAAAGAAACCAAACGAUCUUCAAGUCUUCCAGCUGGGCUCGAACAGUCAUUUGAGCCUGUUAACCCUGUGGAGCCGGUUGAGCCUGUCUGGUUCUCCAUGGCCAAGAAGAAAGCCAAAGCAUGGAGCCAAAUAGCAGAGAUCAUGCAAUAA